AUGUUUCUGCUAGAAGUUGAGAGGUGUAAGGAUUGGUGCUUUAUACAUGGAUCAUGUUUUGUUUCAGGCCCUCCGUCAGAUCUCCCAGCGAUCCUAACGACUUCUGCCCGAAAAAAGUCACUGCAAAACAAAGUUCCAGAAAAACAGAAGUUCUUUCAGAAAGAUGAUGAUGUUCCAGUUCAUCUAAAAGGUGGCAUUAGUGAUGUAAUAUUGUACAGAGUGACCAUGCUGCUCACGAUUUUGGGUAACUAA